AUGGUAAAGGGUAGUGAUUGGUUAGGUGAUCAAGAUGCAAUACAUUACAUGUGUCAUGAAGCACCUUGGACAGUGAUUGAACUUGAACAUUAUGGUGUUCCUUUUUCAAGAACUGAAGAAGGCAAGAUUUAUCAAAGAGCUUUUGGCAGUCAAAGCUUACACUUUGGAGAAGGAAAGAUGGAAAAAAUAAGUGGGGGAGGUAUGAAUAACAUUCCUAAUACAGAUAUAGUUGCCCAAAUUGAGCGAGAAAUAAAAAGAAAGGAUAAAAACUUAGCUAAUACUGCUCGCAUAAUGUCUACUACUUAA